AUGGUUACAAGAUCCAAAACUGGGUCUCUUAAACCACGAGCUCUCUCCACCAAACAUCCCCUUCUUUGUGCUUUGUCCACCACCACCCAAAUACCAACUCCCACCACUUUCAAACAAGCCUCUAAAAUCUCUCAAUGGCAGCAGGCAAUGCGUGAGGAAUUCAAUGCCCUCCAACAAAACCAAACUUGGACCCUUGCCCCCUUUCAUCCUUCUCAAAACCUCGUUAGAUGCAAGCGGGCCCAUCGUGUGAAAUACAAAUCUGAUGGCUCUCUUGACAGGUUUAAAGCAAGACUUGUGGCUAAAGGUUUCCACCAACAAGAAGGUUUAGAUCACAAUGAAACAUUUAGUCCUGUUGCUAAGCCUACCAUCAUCCGGCUCAUUCUUUCUCUGGCUGUCCAAAAUGACUGGUCGGUUACACAACUGGAUGUCUCCAAUGCCUUUCUUCAUGGCCACCUUCAAGAGGAUAUUUUCAUGGUGCAGCCCCCUGGCUUUCUUGAUCCCUCCAAGCCUCAGCAUGUUUGCAAACUGAAGAGAUCUCACUAG